AUGCUCCACGCGGUCACUGCCGUGCGCCGACACGACCGCCCAUGCUCCCACCGUGCGCCGGCGCUGUCACCGCCGCUCCCAUCGCGGGUCGGCGCCUCCAAAGCUCCCGCCGUCGCCACGGCCGUCCCUGCUCAAACCGCACGCCGACGCCGUCGCCGCCGCUCCCACCGCGGGUCAACCCCUUCGCCGCUCACGCCGUCUCUCCCGCUCCCCACCAUCGCCGAGGCCGCCUCUGUUCCCACUACGCACUGCCGUCGCGCUCCCACCGUGGUUUAUCGCCUCCGCCGCUGCUCCCACCGCGUGUCGCCGCGGUCGCCGCCGCCGGUGGUCCUCCUGCCCUCGUCGCCUCGCCCCUCUGUAGCCGUCGUGCUGCCGGUGGUCCUCCUCGUCGCGCCGCUGCCGUCGAGCCCAGCUGCCCCCCGAGCUGACACAACCACUGCCGAUGGUCUGCCAGCCCUCGUCGCCCCUCUGCAGCCGCCGCUGCCGCUGGCGGUCCUCCUCAUCGUGCCGCCGCCGUGGAGCCAACGUAGCCGCCGCAGCUGCAGCCGCGAUGACCGUCGCACCUCCAGCCAUUUGUGCUCUGGUGAGAGAGGAUACAGAGCAUAA